GUUGGUUUGGUUUUCAUCCAUCAUCAUUCGCGUACCGAACUCGGCUUAGGGUGAACGACAAACAGCGUUUUGUCUGUAGAGAGCGGCUUUUUAUUUCACCUGGCUUUUAAGUGGGUACACAUUUUGGUGGUUCGAAUAAGUAAAUUCACGAUGGCAGCCUCGAAAGUUCCGACAGUUAAAUUCAAUAACGGCCAGGAAAUUCCCGCCCUUGGAUUGGGAACUUGGCUGUGCAAGGAAGGUGAAGGCGUGGAGGCGAUUAAGACAGCAAUCGAUGCCGGCUAUCGACACAUCGAUACGGCCUAUUUUUAUCAGAAUGAGAAAGAGGUUGGAGAGGCCAUCCGCGCCAAGAUUGAAGAAGGUGUCGUGCAACGUGAGGACCUUUUCGUGACUACUAAGUUAUGGAACACUUAUCAUCAUCCGGACCAUGUGGAACAGGCUUUCCAGAAAUCGUUGGAAAAUUUGAACAUCGAGUACAUCGAUUUGUACCUAAUGCACCUGCCGAUUGGUUACAAAUUUGUCGAUUGGGAUUCCAAAGAGUUGAUGCCUAAGGAUGCUGAUGGCAAGCUAGAAUUUUCCGAUGUUGACUACGUUGACACCUGGAAGGCGAUGGAAAAACUCCUGAAGACUGGCAAGAUCAAAAGCAUUGGCGUGUCCAACUUCAACAGCGAGCAAAUCACUCGAUUGCUAUCCGAGUGUGAAAUCAAGCCUGUCACCAAUCAAGUCGAAUGUAACCCUGGCAUCAAUCAGAAGAAGCUGAUUGAGUUCUGCAAGGAUUUGGACAUUACCGUGACGGCUUACAGCCCUCUGGGUAGACCCUACUUUUACGAGAAAGAACCGGACAAUUGCCCCAAGCCGGCCUUGGACGAUCCGAAGGUAACGGAAAUCGGCAAAAAGUACAACAAAACAGCCGGUCAAAUCAUUCUGAGAUAUCUGGUUGAAAUUGGAACCAUCCCGAUUCCGAAAUCUUCGAAUCCGGACCGCAUCAAGCAGAACAUUGAUAUCUUUGACUUCAAGCUGACCGAGGACGAGAUUAAGGUCUUGGAUGGAUUCAGCACCGGUCAGCGAACCGUUCCGUUUAGCCUGUGCACCGGCCACAAGUAUUUCCCGUUCAGUAUCGAGUUUUAACAACAAAAACAAAUCUCAGUUAUUCAGGUGUCUUAUCGAAAAACCAUUUAACCUAAAAAAAUUUAAGUUAAGAUAAAAUAGAAAACAAUCUUCAAAAAAAAUUCAAGAGUUUCUACCUGAAUACUAAACUUAAACUUAAAAAUACAUGUUCUGGCUCGAACACUUUGGAAGACAGAUCUGUAGACAAAUCUUGUAUGUUG